AUGAUAACCCUCAUCAUCGUCACGUCCCUUUCCCUUCACGCUUCUCGAUAACUCAAUACCCAGAAUUCCGAGCACCCUUCUUAUUAAUCUUAUUAUUGAUAUUUUAUCAUUUACUCCUUUACUUCAUCAUAUUCAUAUUCGUAUUCAUAUUCAAUUAUUCAUCCUCUCCCUGUGCUUUUUUAUGACUGCCACUGCCCUCUUCAUUUCCUUUCCUCUCAUCAAAACCCAGUCAACUUCCUUUCUUCCACAAUUCGAAUUUCACUCUUAACUGUUUCAGCUCCGUACAGAUAAAAAAGCUUUUAUAUUUAUUGCCCACGGCUGCUCUUCAGCUCAUUCCCACCUUUAAUCGAAAACCCUUAUUUUCGAGAGAAGCUAAGGAAACAUCCAUACUCUCUUUUACUACUAUUCUUCAGUUGGAAAGCUGGUUUUCUCAUUUUUGUUAUUCCAAAAAGGUAUGAUCUGAUAAUCAUACUCACAUUAAUCAUGUGGAUGAUGGGAUACACCGACGGCGGCGGAGAUUUCAACACCAUCCAAGACCCCUUCAACGGCCGCAAACUCCGACCCCUCAUUCCCCGCCCCGCCUCUUGCCUCUCCCGCAUCCAUGGCGCCGACAUUUUCGCCCUCAAUCACCAUCUCGCAAUGGCGGAGCAAGGGAAGAGAGAUCUGACGACGCAGCAAGUGGUGGUGAGCUCGCGUUGGAAUCCGACGCCGGAGCAGCUGCAUACGCUGGAGGAGCUGUACCGGCGGGGGACGCGGACGCCGUCGGCGGAGCAAAUCCAGCACAUCACGACGGAGCUCCGGCGCUACGGGAAGAUCGAGGGGAAGAAUGUGUUCUACUGGUUCCAGAACCACAAGGCGAGGGAGAGGCAGAAGCGGCGCCGCCAGCUGGAGUCAUUUCCCGACGAGCAGGUGCAAAGCAAUCAGGAAAACGGAGAGAAGAGAGAAGCGGCAGCGAAUACGACACUAUUUGAAGUUGAACACACCAAGGACUGGCCAUCUCCUACUCACUCUACUACAGCUGCUUCUGCUGCUGCUCAGAAAAGUGGAGAGGGAGAGGCAGAGGCAGAGGCAGAAUGUAAAGCAGAUGAUGGAUGGGUACAGUUCGAAGAGGAGGCAGAGCUACAACGGAGAAGGAAUGCCACGUUGCAGAUGAUGAAUUUGUCUUGUUCUUCUUCUUCUUCAUCCUCUUCCGCCCCCACUCCCACUAUUCCUUCUGCACUUGCUACUAUGCAAUUCAACCCUCAAGAUUUCUUCAACAUUUUCUUCCAACCCUACCACCACUCCUCCUCCGCCGCCGACGCACAGACCCUCCAGCUCUUCCCCCUUCAGAGCGACACCGACUGCCACCGCCACGAGGAUAUUCGGGAUGCUGUUUCCCUCAAUAAUAUUGCUGCCCCUUUCCAGUUUUUCGAAUUCCUUCCUUUAAAGAAUUGAAAGUUAGGGUUUUCUCGAAUUGAUCAAACUUAAUUUGCUUCUCAAUUUAUGUGAUGUUAAUGUAUUAUGAUAUGAUGAUAUGCAAUGGAAUUUGUGCUUCUUUCA